AUGGGGCAUAAAAAGGGAAACGGGAAUAGAGAAGUGGAGUUAUGCGAAAUUGGUCUUACCGUCACCGCUGUGGCAAGGGAUAAGAAUAAAGAUGAACCGUUGCGGAGAAGCGUCGCGUUAAAUUUGCCCAGCGCUGGAACUCUUCAGUUCCCAAUCGGUCAGACGUCCGACUCAGCUGAAAAGCAAAACACAACAAUCACAACGAGUUUCAACGCUAACAUUACCAUAUUUUAUGGUCGAUUAAUCUCACCUUAUGACACAGCGUGCUCUAACUGGUCUCCGUUUCGAACUAUUACCAGCUUAUCGGGGAACAGUGAAUCGGCUUCCUAUGUGAUACCGUUGUCGUCGGCAAUCCGGCAACUGGAAACGUGUGUCCGGUGGUCCGUCCAACUGCCCGGUGGUCCGUCCAACUGCCCGGUGGUCCGUCCAACUGCCCGGUGGUCCGUCCAACUGCCCGGUGGUCCGUCCAACUGCCCGGUGGUCCGUCCAACUGCCCGGUGGUCCGUCCAACUGCCCGGUGGUCCGUCCAACUGCCCGGUGGUCCGUCCAACUGCCCGGUGGUCCGUCCAACUGCCCGGUGGUCCGUCCAACUGCCCGGUGGUCCGUCCAACUGCCCGGUGGUCCGUCCAAUUGCCCGGUGAAGAUAGCCAUGUAUGCUUUGCAAUUGACGAUGUGGCUGUAACCAAAACAGCUGACGAUCGACCUCUAGAAUUACAUACUGACUUCGACCCUCUCAGCACAGCCGAUUGGCUAUCCUUAUUUGCCAAUACGUCUCGCACGAAAUGCAGAGUGGUUGUAAAAGGAGUACAGGUGCAAGCGCUCAUGUUCAAUUCCAACCAUAUCGGCCCCAGUUUGGGCAUCGACCAGAGAUUUUCAGCUUAUGUCUAG